ACUAAACUAAAGGCAAACAAAAAGUUUUUAUGUUUCAUCUUUACUUACAGAUAAUAUCCAAGAUGUCGGCUGCAUUUAAUUGGAUGAUUGUUAGAAAUAACUCCAGUUUUUUGAUGAAACGUGGAGCUCAUCAAUUCAGCCGGGAAGCCACUAACAUGAAAGGAGUGAACUCAUUCCGAUUUAAUGGAUUAAUCCGAGAUAGAAGUGUUGCCAUUCAACCCGCAAAGACCGGAAAAGGUGUUGUAGUAUCCACAAAACAUUAUAAAGGUCAGAGACGUCCCAACAAGAGAAAGUUCAAAACAACAAUCAACAAAGAUGGUCGUCAUACAUUAAAAGCUGUUGGUAAUAUUCUUAGAAGUGGCAGAUUUGAAGGCAAUACUCACAUGGCCUCACUACGAAAGGCAUCUGCUAUUUUGAGAAGUCAAAAGCCUGUGGUUGUUAGACAGAGAACCAGAGCAAAGAAAAACUAGAACUUUAAAUAAAAUGAAAAUUACUGAAAAUACA